CUAGCGGACUGGUCCAGUUAAAACAACUCAAAUUGCGAUUCUCUCCAGCCUCAAACUAUGCUCGAGCUUCUUUUUCCAUAGCUGCCAGCUCUCCUCAAGCUUUCUAUCUGCAGCUUAACCAUUUUUGUCAGGCAGAUAUCGCUUCGUAAUUCAAGUACCAAAGGUUGGAAGGAAGCAAUACUUGACAUUUGCAUGGGAUGGACAGAAUCAGAUAUGUUGAAACAGAGAGCAACUGAAACAAUAUAAGAGACAAGUUUCUUCUCUUCAGGACCCAACGUGGAGUACAAUAAAAAAAUUCCUCUAUGAAAGCACCAGAACGACUGCCCUCAGAGGUGCCAUCAGCCGACCUCGAGGAAUACUCAGCAUCAAAGACUCUGAUUCCGUUUGACCAACCAGUCCCUCUACUUCGAGGUCCCAUCAGGCCUGGUUCACAAGAAGAAACAGCUGGCAGAUUCAUCCUUGCAUUUAAAGACCCUUUCUCCUGGGUCUCUGCAUACAAGGCUUGUGAAUCUCAAGUCACUCAACAAUGUGAAUCCGGAGCCAGGAUUGGUUGCUCAAUUGCAGCCUCAGACAAAUGUAAAACCCCUUGGUGGAAAUCGAUCACUGGUAGUGCUUCCAAUCAAGACUUUGCAGAGAGAGCAAGAUGCGAAGAACGCGAAAUGGAGGCUUGCCUAGAAGCAGCAAAGGGGAAAUGCCAUGAAUUUGCAAAACAGAAGUGCUUCCCAGCAUUUCGUGAUGCAAGGAUUGCAGUGAAAGGUUUGAGUCCCAAGGCGAACAAAAAAGAGGUAUCCAGGCUAAUUUCUUGGGUGAACUUAGGGGAGAAGUGUCAGAUAGCUGAUCUUUGGAGGUUAGAGAGGCCUUGGCUUGAGUUGAAGGCUCAACUUGAAGUGACUUAUUGCAAGGGGAGUGAUAUAUUAGGUUCAGAUGGCACAGAAAUUAGUGAAUAUUUGAGAACUAAUUUUCAAAAGUAGUACAUUGAGUAGUUUGAUUAGUAACUGAAGUUUUAUGAGAUGGGUAUGUUCUUGAUACCAUACUUUAGAAAUCUUUUCUAUUGCUUCUUGUUCUUCUAAUGUGCUGCAGUCUUAAGGAUAUACUGCUCACCAAUGUAGUGAAUUUGUGCCUUUGACCAAGUAACAUGCGUGGCUUGUUAACUCCAUGGCUCAGAUUUACAACA